AUGCCGUCUAGUCCUUUCACCAUCUUUGUUGCCUAUCCUUCUCAUAUUGUGGAGCCCAAAACUGCACCUACCAAGGGAACUGCAGAGGUUGAUGAAGGUCAAGCGCUCUCAAAAAAGGCUGGACAAAAAGAUGCUGCUUUACUUUAUGAGAGUUCAUAUGGCAAAGAAGUACAAGCCAGCGAUAAUACAAGGCACAUAUCUCGCCAACAGAUAAUGUGUGGCCAGCAGGAGGAGGGAGGUGAUUGUGCCCCUAUACUCAGCACUGGUGAGGCCGCACCUCGAAUCCUGUUCAGUUUUGGGCCCCUCACGACAAGAAGGACAUUGAUGCUGGAGCGUGUCCAGAGAAGGGCAACGAAGCUGGUGAAGGGUCUAGAGAACAAGUCUGAUGAGGAGCGGCUGAGGGAACUGGGGCUGUUUAGCCUGGAGAAGAGGAGGCUGAGGGAAGACCUCAUCGCGCUCUACAACUACCUGAAAGGAGGUUGUAGCGAGGUGGGGGUUGGUCUCUUCUCCCAAGUAACAAGCGAUAGGACAAGAGGAAAUGGCCUCAAGUUGCACCAGGGGAGGUUUAGAAUGGAUAUUAGGAAAAAUUUCAUCAAAAGGGUUGUCAAGCCUUGGAACAGGCUGCCCAGGGAAGUGGUGGAGUCACCAUCCCUGGAGGUAUUUAAAAGACGUGUAGAUGUUGCACUUAGGGACAUGGUUUAG